UUGAUUUAGAAAAUGUUUACUUUGGGAGAUAUACAGAAAACUAGCACCAAAGUUCAGAUUUAAAACUUGCCAUUCCCCUCACUUGAGCUGCUCAACACAUCUUUUCCACACUGUGACUUAAAGGUUUUCAGAAUGAAGUUCCUAUUUCAUUUGUUUGCUUUGGCUGUCAUCAUAACCUCCGCAUUUUGUGGAAUCAAGGACUUUGGUGACCAUUUUGAAAGCCUCAAAGAUGCACAUACACAUGAAAAUGGAACCUAUGAUAUGCCAGACCUACCACUGGAGUUCCACAGAGAAAACACAAUCACCAAUGACUUGAUUCCUGAAGAGGAGGAGGAAGAGGACUAUCUAGAUCUUGACAAGAUAUUGGGUGAAGACGACUACAGUGACGUUAUUGAUGCUGCUCCACACAUAGUUUCUGAAAUUCAGCAAGGAAAUAUUCUGGAACUUUUCCAAGGCAAAACCAGAAUCCAGCGUCUUAAUAUCCUCAAUGCGAACUUUGGCUUCAACCUUUAUCGGAGUGUAGCAGACAAAGCCAACUCCUCAGACAAUAUUCUCAUGGCUCCUGUUGGUAUUUCCACUGCAAUGGCUAUGAUUUCCCUGGGUCUGAAGGGUCAAACUCAGCAGGAAGUAUUAUCUGUUCUCGGUUUUGAAGACUUCAUUAAUGCCAGCACCAAAUAUGAGCUCAUGACAGUCCAUAACCUCUUUCGGAAACUCACUCACCGGCUUUUCAGGCGCAAUUUUGGUUAUACUCUGAGGUCUGUCAACGAUCUUUAUAUUCGUAAGGACUUUUCCAUUCUGAAUGAUUUCAGAAACAAUAUGAAAACAUACUACUUCGCUGAUGCCCAACCAGCUGAUUUUUCAGAUCCUAACUUCAUAACCAAAACCAACGAACGCAUCUUGAAGUUGACCAAAGGAUUAAUAAAGGAAGCUCUUGUGAAUGUAAACCCCACAACGCUUAUGAUGAUUCUUAACUGCCUUUACUUCAAAGGAACGUGGGAGAAUAAGUUUCCAGUGGAAAUGACAACCAAGAGAAGUUUUCGACUGAAUGAAAAGCAAACAAUAAAAGUUCCUAUGAUGCAGACUAAAGGGAACUUCCUAGCUGCUGCAGACCCUGAUCUGGACUGUGGAGUGAUCCAGCUCCCAUUUGUGGGGAACAUCAGUAUGCUGAUUGUACUUCCACACAAGCUCUCUGGCAUGAAAGCACUAGAAAAGCAAAUAACCCCUCAGGUGGUGGAAAAAUGGCAGAAGAGUAUGACAAACAGAACCAGAGAAGUAAUUCUGCCUAAAUUUAAGCUGGAGAAGAACUACAACUUGAUUGGUUUUCUAAGAUCCAUGGGAAUAGAAGAACUGUUCAGUGAAAAAGGCAACUACUGUGGUGUAUCAAAAGAGAAAGUCUCCAUUGACAGAUUCAAUCAUCAAGGCACAAUUACUGUGAAUGAAGAAGGCACAGAAGCUGGAGCAAUAACCAACGUCGGAUUCAUGCCUCUUUCUACUCAGAUUCGCUUUAUUGUCGACCGCCCCUUUUUGUUUUUGAUCUAUGAACACCGUACCAGUUGCCUUCUGUUCUUGGGUAGAGUUGUCAACCCUGCCAAACCAUAGAGCACAGAGCAACACCAAAACGCUUUCAUACACAGGCUGUAUAAUUACGCAUUAAUAUAUCAUAGAAGUAUCACAAAAGGCAAUUUUCUUAUCAUAUUAGUUAAUACAAAAGCCCCGGUAUAAAAAAAAAUAUAUUAUAUAUAUAGCAUCUAUUAAUAGUUCUACGUGAAUGGACUCAAUAGUAGAUGAUUUGUCUGCAGUGUGAGGUAUCAAUACAAGUAUAUUAAGAAAUAUCUCAAAGUAACUUUGUGUUUUAUUUACUUCACUUUAUAAAAUGUAAUCAAUAAAAUAUGAAGACUAUCUGGA